AUGUCGAGAGAUUUUUACCAACUAGCUGUUCAGAUGAAUGAUGGAACGGAUUACUCUUUCGAACAACUGAAAGGCAAAGUGGUGCUGAUAGUAAAUGUAGCGUCAAACUGUGGGUAUACACCCCAAUAUAAAGAGCUGGAGUAUAUGUACCAGAAGUUUAAGGACCAAGGAUUUGAAGUGCUGGGGUUUCCUUGCAAUCAAUUUGGUCAUCAAGAACCAGGAAGUAAUGAAGAAAUCGGAUUGUUUUGUAAACGUAACUACGGUGUUUCGUUCUCGAUGUUCCCAAAAGUAUACGUAAAUGGUCCAAAACAACAUCCAGUAUUUGAAUUUUUACAAUCACAAUUAUCAAGCGAUUUAGGUGUGAAAGGUGUAAGGUGGAACUUUGAAAAGUUUUUGGUAGAUAGAAAUGGUAAAGUUAUAAAAAGGUAUAAUUCCUUAAUGAGACCUAUAGAUAUUCAAUAUGAUAUAAUGGAGUCGUUACAAAAAUUGUGA